CAAUGGUUUUGCAGCUCUAGUUGUCAAAGUAAAUAAUUACCAAAAAAAAAGAUUCUUGAAGUUAUAUAUAUUCACAUACAUAUAACAAAUUCUAUAACAAAUUUCAAGUUGAAAAUAUGACUGGUUCAACGUUCAGUGUGAAACUUAAAUCAAAAAAGGGUCAAUUUAUCGUUAGCGACCUGUGCGAGGCCACAACAUUAAAGGAUCUGAAGACCCGGAUAGUCGAGGCAACUGCCAUAGAAGAGCAAAAACUGCAUAUUUUGGUGGGCUAUCCGCCACGCCCGCUGGAUCUCAAGCAAGAUAAGGAGAAACUGAAGAAUCUCGGAAUUAAAAGCGGCGAGACUCUUAUCGUGGAGGAGAAGGCACUUCCAGCUAAUUUAUCAACCCUUGAAGAGGACGAGGCGCUGGCGCGUCGUCUGCAGGCUGAAGAAGAUGCCGCCAAUUUGGACCAAGUGCGUCAACAUCAGGUAUCGAGCACGAGUACGAGUAGCACACCAGCUCCGCCUUUAGCAUUACGUACUCAAAAUGCUUCUGCUGCUGUGACCCAAAGUGUCGAGGAGCCACUGGCUGUGCCCUCCAAUGGUGACUUUAAUGGCAUCCUAUUGAAAAAGGUAGUGCCAGCGGAUAAUUCCUGCCUAUUCACCAGCAUUCGUUUCGUACUCAAUGGCAAAGUGGAUACCAGCGAGGGUAGCGAAAUGAUGCGUCAUAUAAUCGCCCAAGAGGUGGCCGCCGAUCCUCAACAAUAUAAUGAUGCCGUCUUGGGUAAAUCCAAUUCAGAAUACUGCUCCUGGAUCCAAAAAGCCGACUCCUGGGGUGGUGCCAUUGAAGUGUCCAUAUUAUCCAAUUAUUAUGGCAUUGAAAUCGAUGUGGUUGAUAUACAAAAUGCCAUAAUCAAUCGCUUUGGUGAGGAUAAGAAUUUCGGUUUGCGUGUCUUCCUACUCUUCGAUGGCAUACACUAUGAUCCGCUUUAUAUGGAAACUGCCACAAGUCCGGAUCGUCCGGCUACCAUAUUCCCCGUGGAGGAGAUAUCCGUCUAUCAACAGGCCGAGCAAUUGGCCAAUGAGGCAAAAUCUUCACGUCAAUUUACCAAUGUGGAUAAAUUCAACUUGCGCUGCAUGCAAUGUGAUGUUAUGCUAGUGGGACAGCAACAGGCCCAGCAGCAUGCCGAGUCCACUGGACACGCUGAAUUUGGAGAAAUUUAAUACGUCCUGAUCUUUGGCUUUAUUUAUAUUUUGGCUUUUAUUCUGUUUGCCUAUUACAUACUCACCACCUAACCCACAACGAGAAAGAAAGAGAGAGAGAGAGAGUGCGAGAACGAGAACAAGAACGAGAUGGAGAGCUAAAGAGGGCAAGGGCAAGGGAGAGAUGAGAUAAAAGUUAAAAAAUUGUUAUACCCUUUGCAAUGCAUACAAACAAAUGAAUUAUACAAUUUGUCCGCCUGUCCGAACUAUUUCUAAAAAAUGUUCAAUGCACUUUGUAUAUAUAUCUCUAUUCAUUUAUCUAAUACAUUAUGCAAACAAAUUGUUAAAAUAGAAAGUAAAAAUUAGUCAAUUUGAUCAAAUUUGGGCACCUGCUUGGGGUAUGGAAACUUCGGCAUAAUUCGGAGUUAGCCCAAAAUCCUCUGGUUAUAGAUAAAUUAUUUUUUAUAAUUUUGUUCAUUUAAAAUUAAUUUUUCUCCUAAAACUAUAUUAUAAUUCUUUUUAUAAUUUCUCAUUUAACCUCACAUUUAAAAAAAAAAAAUACAAAA